UUUUUUUUUUUUUUUUUUUUUAAAUUAAUUAAUUAAUUAAUUUUUAUUAUUAUUAUUUUAUUAUUAUUUAGUUAAACUCAGGAAUGUGUAAAGUCCCGGUCCACACUCCAUAUCAGUAGGUGGCGGUAAUACACCAAAAAGUUGUUUGUCAACCGCCAUAAAACAACACGAAGAAGAAGAAGAAGAAGAAGAAGAAGAAGAAGAAGAAGAAGAAGAAGCAGUAGAAGAAGAAGAAGAAAGAAGCUGCGAUGAAAACAAAUCACCUCUCAAACUGUAGCAACUGAGACUUAAUUUCGCCUUCAUUAAACACAUUUUAGCCUAAAAAUUCGAACUAACUUUAGUUUAACUGACUUCGAAAAAACAAAUACGUCGCUCUAAAUUAACGCCAAUAAGGUAACGUUACCGGCUAAUAACGAUAUAUAUGAGAUCAAAACAAUAUUAGCUAACCGCUAGCUAGCAUCAGCUGUCAGUUAGCUAACUAGCUUAGCUUAGCUUCUGCAGGGAAACUGACGUAGUUUGAGCUCAGCGACGACUUUUAGAAAGAAGAAACAAUGUCGGAGGAUUAUGAAUUCAGCGAUGAUCCGACCAUGAUGAGGAUGGAGGAGGACGGGGAGGCCAACAGCGAUGACCCGAUGUCUGCGGCCGGGGACGGGGGACAGCUGGGGGGCGAGGCCGAGGGCUCCAGGAUAGACGCCAGUAAAAACGAGGAGGAUGAGGGGAAGAUGUUUGUAGGAGGACUCAGCUGGGACACGACUAAGAAGGACCUGAAAGAUUACUUCUCCAAGUAUGGCGAGGUCGUAGACUGCACCUUAAAGCUGGACCCCAUGACUGGCCGUUCGAGGGGCUUCGGCUUUGUGCUCUUCAAAGAACCUGAAAGUGUUGACAAGGUUGCCACACAGAAGGAACAUAAACUCAAUGGAAAGGUCAUUGACCCCAAAAAAGCCAAGGCCAUGAAGAGCAAGGAGGCGGUGAAGAAGAUCUUUGUUGGCGGUCUCUCUCCAGACACUCCGGAGGAGAAAGUCCGAGAGUACUUUGGUGCCUUUGGAGAGCUGGAGUCAAUUGAACUUCCCAUGGAGAACAAAACAAACAAAAGGAGAGGCUUCUGCUUCAUCACAUUUAAAGAGGAGGAGCCAGUUAAAGGCAUCAUGGAGAAAAAGUACCACAAUAUUGGACUAAGUAAGUGUGAAAUAAAAGUGGCAAUGUCCAAGGAAGAGUACCAGCAGCAGCAGUACUGGACACGCAGAGGUGGAUACUCGUCCAGGUCUCGAGGAAGAGGCGAUGGUCCCAAUCAGAAUUGGAACCAGGGUUAUGGCAACUAUUGGAAUCAAGGCUAUGGGAAUUAUGGCAAUUAUGGUUACAGUAAUCAAGGAUAUGGAGGCUAUGGUGGCUAUGAUUACCCUGGUUACAACAACUAUUAUGGAUACGGUGACUACAACAACUUUGUACCACACUUGUAGAUCAAUCUGGUGGAUAUGGCAAGUCGCCACGGCGUGGUGGUCACACCAACAGUUACAAGCCGUAUUAACGGAGGAAAACUCUUCCUUAAGUAGGUAUGUAAAGACAAGAAAUGCACCUUUUACCUUUAAACUUUAAAGUAGUUAUAUUUACUUUGCUGUUUGGUAACAUUAUGUAUAAUUUCCUCUUGUAAAUUUCUUUUUCUCAGCACCCUCAAGUGCUUUACAGUAGUGGUAACAUAGAGGCUACACUGUGAUUAUUUUAACAGCUGGCCUUCUGCUGCCUCUUUUGCACCUUUUUUUUUUUUUUAAACUGUAAAGUUAACAGGUAAAGUACUGCUACUACAGUAAAUGGAUACCAAAAGUUAAGGAUGUGCAAGGAAAAAAAACAGAAAAGGAAGUAUGUUGUCUCCUAACUCUGACAUACCUUGUUUGUACCUGCCAGCGGAGCUUCCUUGCAGGCCAUGAGCUGACUCCCAGAUACUCUCAGGGCCCGCUCAAUGCGGACCGGGUACGAGAAGCAUACGCUCUCGAAUGCUGCCAUUUGGUAUGGUCUUACAACAUCCUGUAUCAGCAUUUCUAAACUAAACAAUAUGGGACACGUCCAGCUUUGUCAUCUUUCUUUCCAUUUUAAUUUCUUUGCAACUGUUUGUAAUGUAAAAAAACUUAAAAUAUACACAUGUAAUUGUCAUUUUUUACAGGCCCUUUUUACUCCCCCACAAGUAAUGAUUGAUUUAUAAAUAUGAAAGAAUAACUAUUUGCUUUUCAAAGGAUACGAUCUCUGGACUUUCCAGUUCCUAUUGUUAAUAUAUGCAUUUCUAAUCUUUAUCUAAAAUGCUUGUUUCUUUAUUUAGCUCUUGUAGCCAGUAGUCCAUGAGCUAAAACCUGGUUCGUAUUUGGACGAGACUGUGUUGUUGGGGGGAUAAAGUGCUUUACUUUGUCUACAUGUAUUGCUCUGUUUUGUGUUACUGACAGCGAUGGAAAAGACUCCUCCUUUUGUUAAUUUUCCUGUAACAAAUUUUCCCUUUUAUAACCUUCUGUAAAACAAGAAGUUUCCAGAAAUUUGCAUGUAAUGCUUUUCUUUAAUGUGUAUUUUUUUGACCAAUCGAAGGUUUCUUCCAUUAAGUAUUUUGACUUCUUCGAUUUAUUGCACCUCAGGAUUUCUAGCUUAUGGACUAACUUUUUUUUAACUGUAAAAAAUGUUAAAAUAUUUCUUCUCAGUUUUGUUUUUUCUUAUUGCUUUUGACAUUAUAAACACGGGGGAUUCCUUUUUUCAUUUAUUUAUUCAUAAUUUAACAGUUCUCUGUUCAACUAUGGCUGAUUUGUGUCUGUUUGUUUCCCGUAGGUGUCAGAGUGAUGAAAGGCAGCCGUGGGCUGGUGGAGCAUUGGCCAGAGAGAUGAUACGAUCCAGCAAAGAUCACUAUCUGAUCAUAAGAGAAAUAUGAAGAGAGCACUUUGACCUACAGUACAUUUCUUCUAUAUUUACCGGAGUAUUUGUUGUAUCUUCAAAGUUUUUGGUGUUUUGCAUUUAUUUAGAAAAAGCUGCAAAGCUUUGGGCUGUUUGCUUUCCCCCGUCCCUUCUUGUUUUUGUACUUAAAGGGUUAGUGAGGAUUUGUUGAAGUGGUUAUACUGGUUAUACUUUGUUUCCAUCUUCAGUCAGUCUGACAGAUUUCUGUGGGGGAGAGGAAUUGGAUUUUCCUUAACCAAUCUGUCAUCUGAGUCUGCUAACUGGAAUGUGAUAAGUAAUUCAAUCAUGCGGCUCUUUUAAAUAAGUUAUCUGUCAAAAUUGAAGACUAAAAAAAUAUUAAUAAGUCAUUUUGUGAGGGUUGCAAACGUCAAAACAAUUAAACCACGUUCCCCCUAUGCCUUAACUACAAGUUCACCCAACUUGGCUGUGAUUGGCCAAUGAGCCCAGACCCAGAUCAGGCACACAGCUGAUCAGUUUGAAAAUUAAACUGGCUCAGUUUGAAAAUUAAAACAAUCUGUAGGUGUGAGGCAACAGCCACUACUAGAUUAACACACCUGUUGGGGCACAAUUGCAUACUGGGUAUUGUACACUGCAAAAAAGCCAACUUGUAUUUUUUGGGCCUAAAACAGUGAUUUAAGUUGGUAAAACUUGGAAAUAUAAAUGAUUGACAUUUAGGACAAUAAUGUAAGUUAGCACAACAAAGGAAGCCAGUUGUCUGCUCAAAAACAAGUUGGUGAGUUGUUGUUACUUAUAUCUUUAAGUUGGGGUUCACAACAAGGGACAAUAGUUCUGAUAACUCUUAUUUCUUUGUUGGGAAAUUCGGUCAUUAGCGAAAGCUAGCGGCUAACUGAUGCUAGCGGCUAACUGACGCUAUCGGCUAACUGAUGCUAGCGGCGCUGCUUGUUACAGCUACAAGAGUAGCCAUUAGCGUAUCAAUGCUAACUCAAAAAUAUUUAGUUUGAUUGUCCAACUUAAAAUUUUAUCGAAGUUUGUUGCCUUGAAAUUUUGAGUUCACCCAACUUUUCUUUUUUUGCAGUGUAAUAACCAUUAAUUAACAAGUAAUAAGGCCCUUGUAAGUCCUGUGAUUGGUCAAAUCAAAAAAACAUUCUUGACAGGUGAUCCACCCGCUCUAAAGUCUCCGUUCUGCAUAGAAACCCUCCACAACUUUUCUGUGCACCCAAGGGCCGGUAAAGAGAGAGUUUGUUUGUAUGUUUUUGUUUGUUUUUAUGACCCAAACCAGUUUUCUCCCUGCAGGCCAGAGG